CGAACUUGGGUCUAACGGACUAACGGUUUAUGCUUCAGUAAAUCGCAAAGAAAAAAAAACUCUCUCCCAGGCCCCAGCCACCGACUCGCCGACUCCCACAAGACCCAGGUAACUGGUCUCACACCGGUGACCGCACCGCCGGAACGCCGCCGCAGGCAGAGCCAUCUCCCAUAUGCACCCUCAUUGCCCACAUUCCUGAUUGAAAAGAAUGAAAGGCGAAGGAAAACCAAUACCCAAUCUUGAUGAUGAAGUGAGGGGAAUACUGGCGGAGUUCAUGGUGGGAGUUAUAAAGUUCGAAGAGUUGGUGGAAGUUGGAAGGAAGUUAUUCACCAGAUUUCAGCAAUCACUUGACAUUCUCCGACGCCCUUCAAUAUAUGAGUCAUCAGAGCUGAUUAAGAGCAUCAUUAAAGCAAAUGAAACUAAGAGGGGUAAUGCAUAUGUUGAAGCUGGUUGCAUAAAUGCCUGUGAUAUCACAAAUAAUGUAAGUCAUCUGAACACGAGUUUGGGUGGCCUUCAAGACUGUUUAAACCGAGCCAAAGGUAUAGUCAACGAACUUGAAGUUCUUUUAGAUAAGGCAGGCAAUGCUUUAGUUAUUAACGUUGAUGACCAAUUUGAGAUGGAGAUUAAGGAUUCUGAACAAGAAGUAAUUGCUUCCCGAAAAAAGCUUGAUGCUGUUGGUUGUGCUUCAUUUAUGGCAGUAAUUUACAGCAUGGUAAAGCAAGACUACAAGAUGCAGGAAAAUAUUGUUUCAUCGUUGAAUCUUACAUCAACAAGUGCAGAAUUGGAGAGCUACCAUUUGAUGUGGAUGUUAAGGCCGUUUAUAAAUGAUGAUGUUAUGCAUCAAGCUUUGGAACAGGUUAGUGUAGGUGGGGCUGAACCGCUGAAGAUGGUUGUGGUGGAGCUUGGAGAGGUGUAGUGAUGGUUCGUGUAGUGGCAGAGGUGUGUUAGAGGGGAGGAGAAAGAAAGGGGCAGCGUUGUUGUUAUCAAAGUUGUUGACCAUGUUGUUGUGUAGACGUUGGCGUUGCUAUGUAAAUGUUGAAGACGACCGAACAAUGUUUAAAUUUUGAUGUUGUGGUGAGAUUGUUUUUCUUAACAUUAUUUUUUUUAAAUAAAAAUGUCAACUAAAUAUUUGGAAGAAAAAAAUUCAAUUUUUUUUAAAAUAAAUAAAUUAUAACGAAGGGUAACAUGACACACGUAUAGGUGACCUGUUGUAGCGGGUUUGUCACCGGUUGGGUGCAAUAAAAGUUAAUGGGGUGUAAAGGUUGGAUUAUUAGAUAAUAAUUGAAAGGUUGGAUUAUUUAAAGUAAUUAUUCCUUUACUUAAAUUAUACAUUGAUAGUAUUAACAUUUAGGAUUUGAGCUCUUGGGAAAAUAAAAAAUUUAAUUGAGAAAAACUUAAAAAAACGGCUUAUUAGAUCAUUAUCGAGUACUCGUAUAAAACGAUAUCUGUAACCAUAUCUAAUACCCCGAAUUUCGGAUUAGGUUCCCGAACCGAUAAUCAUAUCGGUUCGGGUACCCAUGGGUUAUCGGUUCGGGUACCCAUUUUUUCGGAUCGGGUAGGUUUUUCGGAUAAUUUUGUUUUGUCUGAAACCCACUUGUAAAGGUCGGGAGGGUCAGAGACAAUCCAAACAAAUUCAAAAAUGGGGCCCAUGACCGGCCAAGAUCGUUAUGCUCUCGUUCCAGGUUGGGAUGGGUUGUUGUGCUUGAGCCUAAUUUUAUAAAUUUAGCGUGAUUUGACCGGCCGGGUUAUGUCGUGCAUUGUAAUGCUUUUCCAAAAAAGUUGGUCUAGGCUUGGCCCAGGCCUGGCCCACGGCCCGCCAUUUCGUGGUCGGGCCUCGGGCCAUUCCAGCCGCUAGCCAUGUUUAGGUGCAUUUAAGAACUUGUGGUAUGGGGGUACCCUACGAAAGAAAUGGAUGCAUGAACGUUUUCAUUGUCAAAGCAAUGAAUCUCUUGGGCUUGUUAAAGAUUAAUGCUUGGGACAGAUUUUGAAUUGAUUGUGUAUUAAAUUAUUAAUGCUUAUUUGUUGGGAUAGCAUCAUAUCAAUGGUGGUCGUUGUAGAAAUCGAAAAUUUAACCUUCAACUUGCAUUCCUGUUAUGGAAGGACCGGACGGUGCGGACAAGUUGUACUGGACCAUUUUCAUACAGAUUAAUUUAGUUUCCAUUUUACUAUUUUAGGCAUAUUUAAGCAUGUUUUAUUCGAAAAUUAGGAUACCUAGAGCUAAGCACAAUUAGGAAACUUUUAAGCCAGAAAAAUAACUUUUAAGGAGGAAUCCUCCCCCACCCCAACCCCCAAAAAAAAUGAGUAAAGUACCCAGACAUGUGUUUUAUAAUGCAUAUUUAAUUUUUAAAUGUAUAGAGGGCCAUGACAUCCUCCAGCUCCUCUAAUUCCGCCUACGCUCGCUAACACCUUAAAUAAGAAAGGUAGUACCUUAUACGAAAGGUCUUGUGCGCACAAGGUGUACAAUAAAUUUAUUGUACACCGAGAUAACUUUUACCAAGUUUUUUGUAACUUUUACGAUAUAUUUUUAAUAUUUUUAAUAUUUUUUUAUUAACUUUUAUAUUUAUAAAAAAAAUAAGUUGAUAGAUAAACAUUUUAAAUGGGGUUAAAUGAUUAAUUUUAUACAUUAUUUGUGAUUUUAAAGAAAUAUUUUUUAUUAAAACGAAAAAUUUUGUCGCAAAAAACCAAUAACUUUAACAUACGUACGGGUAAUAUUUAAGCAUUUUGAGUUAACUUUAAUUCCGGUAUUUUAUAUAUAUUGUACACCACUUAUAAAUAAGAAUUUGUGAUUGAGGCUGAACUUGGUAGGGAGGACCUGUGUUCGAUCCCCCGCAACAACAAUUGGGAGGGGAAUGGAACCUAUCCACUCAGAACUCGCCCCGAAUCCGGAUUAGCCCUAAGGGUGAACCGGAUGGUACACCCAAAAAAAAAAAAAAAAGAAUUUGUGAUUUAUUAUGGCCCAUUAGCGGGCAAACACUGGUCGAUCAAGUAAUGAAUAUUUUGGACCUAAUAACUUGUUAAGUGGUUAUGCAACAAAUAUUAAUGAGAUGGAAGUUUGAGUUACAUGCAUAUUUACUGUUGACAUGAACUUCUAUAACAUGCAUGCGUGUAUGAAUGUAAAUGGUCGAAAUCGAAAUGCUCAUAUUUUUGUGUGUAAAAGAGUCUUAAAGAGGCAAUACAAAUUACAAACUACCAAUAUAGAGUUGGCUCAAGUGGUAAGCAACUUGAUGCCGCUUAAGGGAGGUCUCGGCUUCGAGCCUCGCCGUAUGCAAAAGUUCUGAAAAUACAUACCGAGUCCAAUUUAAAAAGAUCUUACAUGUAACGUUUUGAUGUAUAUAAUGGUGAGAAUUUACGGUCAAAGUUUUCAUAUUUUGGACACAUACUUCAAAGCGUAAAGAACUUUCAGAAACGGAGGAAGUACAAAGCAACAUAACUCUAUCUCAACAAGUGGGGAUUCGAACUUGAGACAAAACCUUAUUGAUUUGAUAUUGUAAAUAUAUGGAGUAAUUAAUAUACAUGUUCCGGUUGAGGAUUAGAACAGUGUUGGAGCCGUUCUCUCCUUUAUGUGCUGGUUGUAGUCACAGGGUUUAAGAUUUGUAGGACAACGACAUGUGACCUUAAGGUUGACGUAACUUUAUCUACUAUGUUAAGCCGACUGGCUUAAUAUAGUCAAUUAGGACUAAUGAUUCAUAUUAGCCUUAGGUGCCCUUUUUAGCCAAAAAAAGCCUUAUCGCCCAUCAGUAUGGCGAUAGGACAUCCCGUACAAUACACGUAUACAAUACGCAUGCGUUCGUGUUUUGAAUGGAAUAUAAGACAAGUUGUACAUUACCAUUUUCAUGUGUAUAGGAUUGUGUGAGUGGGGAUAAUUUCUUGCAUAUUUCAUUGGCCUAGGAUUCUUACAAUUAAUCGAUGUUUGCAUAUUCAUAACAGUCAAUGGACCCUAUAAGAAAUUGUUUCAUUACUGACGGGAAGUUUCACCGCUAAAGGGCAAUAGUGAAGGGAUUUCCUGUUGCAAACACAUCAUAAAAGGGGUCAUCAUUGAUGGAAAAUCUCAUCGUUACCCCGUCGUACUACUCACGCAUUUGCGACAGUUGUUCCCGAUUUUAUUUAGUUGUUAGCACCGUUGCAAAAGGUAUUUGCGGCGAGAUUUUUGGCCAAUCAUUGUUGAGUGGUCAUUAGUGACUAAAAUUAUAGUAGUGGGAGUAAUCAACUAGAUUUACAACCUAGUUAGUAGAAGUAGGUAUUAUAAAUGAUAAAAUAUCAUAUGAGAUAGAAGUCCAUAGAACUUAGGAACUCUUAUGAUAUCUAUUUUGUAAUAUCAAUAGAGACAUGUGCCCAUGAAUAAAUAUGAGAGAAUGAAAUAAUACUUGUUCCCACACAAUUUAGCAUGGUAUCAGAGCUUAGGGAGAUCUUAAGGACCAUAUACAAAUAUUAUCCUUACCGAUAGUGACUUCUUUCCAAUCGCUUAAGCUCUCAUGUUUUGGACGAUAAAAUGGGGGGAGGAGGAGGGGAAAGAGAUUUCUAAAGAAAAUGCAAGGACGCGGAGAUAUAGCAAGUAAGCAUCAAGAUUCUCCCUUUAGGACUGACCACAACAAGCUUGCAACUCUAAUAGAAACAAACAGUAAGCUAUCCGCCCUAUUUGCUUGCAAUGCUAUGUUUAUCAAAGUACGUUGGCGAACGCUUACUGUUCUCGUCCACCCCAAAAUCUUCACUCCCAAAAUCUUCACUUUAGCGAAUCGCUUCAUUCUUAAUUCACUACGCGUGUAAGUCGUUUCCAUUUAUGUUGAGAUAAUUAAUGAGUUCGAAAAGAAAGACGUUUUCAUCAAGAGAGAAAAAUUGCAAAUUCAAAAAGAAUGGUAUUCCUACUCGAGAUUUUUUUUAAAAUUUUAUUUUUUAAGCUGACAUCGCUGAGUUUUGCGUAUCGAUUUACAUCUGAUUGAUCUGUUGCUAACGUAGAAGAUAUUUUUACCUUUUUAAUCGCAACGUUCACGAUUGCGAGAGGGUGUUGAGGAUAACGUAGUUACCCUAAAUGAUAGAAUAUCAUAUGAGAACCUACAAAAUGUAUAUACGGAGUAAUGAAUAGAGGCAUAUGCCCACGAAUAAUAAUGAGACAAUCAAAUAAUAUUUCCCCCCAUAAUU